UCCCUACCGAUAAAGCCAACCGCAGUAGAACUUUUGCUGGAAAAAAAACUUCAUAGAUGAAUUUUGGAACGAGCCAAUGAACAAUUCAGUCAUUUUUGGAAGGCUUCCUUUUUAGCUUGACCAGAUUAAGGCAACGAGCUAAAGACCUAUGCACCUAUGUAGACUAUCAGUCUUCCCACUUCGCAAGUCACAGCCAUGCUACAAAGCCAACUCUUGUGUGUGUCCUAGUGAAAAUGGUGAAGUGAUGGUUGAUUCUUCUUCAGGCCCGGUACCAGCAGUUAACAUGCCACUGCAGUCGCAGCCCAGAUGUGUGACCUCGCUGCAGCCCAUCACGGAGGGAGAAAUCUUCAAGUUGCCAGGCAGGCUCAACUGUUCUCUGCUGGUUUCAGGAAUCCAGCCCUCGCUCUGGAGCAAAGAUGAUGUGAUCCAUUGGUUAAGAUGGGCCGAGAAAGAAUAUUCCCUCCGGCCAACAGAUGAAAGCAAGUUUGAAAUGAAUGGAAAAGCCCUCUGCAUUCUCACCAAGGAUGAUUUCAGAUACAGGGCUCCUAGCUCAGGUGACGUUUUAUACGAAUUACUCCAGUACAUCAAAAUCCAGCGGCGAGCCCUUGUGUGCAGCCCAUUGUUUAAUUCACCCUUUAGGGAUGCAACACACAUGGAGAUGCACAGCACUGUGGGAGGUAUGAACUGCAGGUUAGAAGUCUCCCCAGGAAGGGUCUCUUCAUUGCUAACGACAUGUCCAAGCCACAGAGAACAGCCCAGGUCUCCCAGAAAGGCCUUCUUCAGAGAGGAGCCACUUAAUCUCUCUCAUCACGGCUCAGAAGUCAGCUGUAGGCCAGAGGUCAUCUGUUGUUUUCCUGCUCCCCAACCAGCCCCAGUUGAUGGUAAAAUUGCAGACUGCAGGUUACUCUGGGACUAUGUCUAUCAGCUGCUGUCUGACAGCCGGUACGAACCAUACAUCAAAUGGGAAGAUAAGGAAGCCAAGGUCUUUCGGGUUGUCGAUCCUAAUGGACUUGCCAAGCUCUGGGGGAACCAUAAGAACCGCAUGAACAUGACAUACGAAAAAAUGUCGAGAGCCUUAAGGCAUUAUUACAAACUCAACAUCAUCAAAAAGGAACCAGGCCAAAAGCUGUUAUUUAGAUUUUUGAAAACACCUGGGGAGAUAAUACACGAGAAAUCCAGCAAGCUGGAACAGCUGGAAAGCGAGGAACAGGAGGGACUGGAUUUCAAGGAGGAUGCGGUGGAGGUAUCGCCCUAAGGACUCUAUUGCACUGUGUCUACAAUGUGGAAACACGCAGCAUCAGAGAGAUGCUGUGAGUCACUGUGAAGAACCUGGGAUGUCCUGCUGUCUCAGGAAGAAGAGACUGCCUUUCUCUCACUGGGUUGCAGUUAAAGGCUUCAAACAUUUUCUAUUCAAAGACUAAAACGUGGAAGUUUGGCAGCAAGAGUUUAUUCACAGAAACUUGUGCAGGCCGUUGAGACUGAGAUGAAUCUGUGGGCUGGCUUUUUGCUUGCUAACGUUUUCCCACGGGUUAUUUUGUGUAUUUGUCUGUUUUUUAAAACGAUCACAUUUGGUACUUUAUGGCCGAGGCUCUGUUGUUGAGUUUCAAGAUGGCUGGUGACCGUGACCCUAAUUCAGGACAGCACGGCUCUUAAGCAUCUGCUUAACUCUACUCUUUGCUUAACUUGAAGCGUAACUCUUCUGUACCUUGCUAAAUCAGUCACAGCUUAUGUGAAGAUUUUUGUGUGGUUUCAGGGCAGAGGGGUUCUUUUAGCUGAAUAUUUCCAAUUAAUUUCACUGUGUAUAGAGCAAUAAUAAUACUGGUUAUGCUUAGCGGACUAUGAAGGCAUGUGACAAAAACAAAAUACCAAAGUGAGUUGUGAUAGAAAUAGUGAAAGACUCCAGGUCUUCCAGUUAUUUACACAGGGGAUAACAAGACGAGUCCCCUGCCUCGCAAGACCAAAUGAUUGAUUAACGUCCCCAGCUGAUGUAAACUCUGCUCAGGUCAAUUAAGCUAUACUGACUCAUACCAGCAGAGGCUCUGGCCAGAAGAAACCUUCCUCUUGGGGUUUGAGUACCAAGAUACAACAUUCCCAAAGGGCUGAAUUCACACUAAAUGACCAGUGGAAAUAACCGGCCUUAUUCUCCUUUCAUGCAAUUCAGCCCCGUGCAGAGGAUUGAAAGCUUAGUGGGUGCAUAUGCUGGCUCUCUUCCACUGCUGUAAAUUGUGGAUAGCUGAGGUUUCACCGAAGCAAGUGAGGGAAGAGUCAGGUUCAUUAACCACAGGGGAUUCAGAGCUGAGUGAUCCGACUCCAUUGUCCAAGGUAAGCGAAAUGCAACUAAACUACACAGCAGCAGAGGUCAGUUUAGGUUUUUGCAAGUUCAUUUUUUCGUUAAAUAAUCUCAGGCGUUGUUCAGAAAAUAAUCUAGCAAAUGCACGUGCGGGUUUUAAAAUCUGACAAUAUCCCAUUUUUGCCUAACAACAUUUUCAGAUCCCCUGCAGUAGUUCUGACUUGCUAUGAAGCAGUUUCUAAGGUGUCACCCUGCCCUGCCUUCUUCCAGCUUACUCAUCCUGCUUGCUUCAAGGUCAUUAGGAUUUCAGUGGGAACAAGAUUAUGCCUAAAUAACAUAUUCUAGAGGCUAUUCUCAUUUUAGGAGAGGAAACCUUGUCUACUAGUUAAAGCAAAGAAGUGCAAAGUCAGGAGGUGUGCGUGCACAAUUGCUCUACUGUGAGGGAGAUGGAUUACAACCACUGUGUGGCUUCAUGUAUAACCCACCACAGAGCCUGCCUGUUCUUUAGUAUUGCCCCUCUAGUCUUUGCUAGUGUGUGUGGAGGACCAGGACUGUAUGACCACUCCCCAAUUGCCAGUUCUGUGCCUUUGAGCAAGUCACUACCACUGAGCCUCAGCUUUUUCACGUGUGAAUUGGACACAGUGGGCGCGUCUACAUGUUCAUUAAUGUGAAGUAACUACUGCGCAUUAAAUUUAGUACUUGCAAAAGGAAAUACAAAAAUGUGCAGUAGGCUGUCCUACUCGCAUUAGUGCAAUUGCAUGCUUUUUUGUGACGGUUAAUGCACAGUAGACUAAUACUACUGCACAUAGCCUAAUAGCAUGGUUUUUGCCUGAUGCCGUAAUGCUUAGUUAAUCAGCCUACUGCGUAUUAAGCGUCUCUUGUAGACACACCCAGAACCAUCUUUCUACAGGGGUAUAAUGAAGGUCCUGCAAACAUUAGGCCUAAGAAUAGCUAUGCCUAUAAGCCAGUGAUUCUCAUCCAGGGUUUGGCAAUACCUUGGGUUGCACUGGGAUCCUUUCAAGGGUGAAAUGUUAGCACUGUUAGGUGUGCAAACAUGUUUCACAAGACAAACCCAGGGAUUUCAAAUAGGAAUACAUGGUGUUCAGUGAUCGUAAGGCCGGAAGGGACCUUGGAAGAUCAUCGGGUCCAGCCCCCUGCACCAAGCAGGAAAACAUGUUAAUGUUAAAAACGUCCUGACCUGUUGUGGUCUUUCUGAGUUCUUUGCACCAGAAAAGUUAGUUUCUUUAGUAUUUAUUUCUGUAAUCAAAAAUGGAGUGAAAACUAAGCUGGCACUUUUCAAGGGGCACCCUGAAUUUACUGAGGAGCGCCUUGAGUCUAACAACAUUGAGGACCACUGCUAUAAAUGCUCCCAGUUACUUCAAAGUGCCAGCAAGCUAUUUUGGUUGAUUUAGCUGAGGAUCCGACCCAUUGCUUGGAAAGUUAUUUGUGUGCAUAAAUGCUCUCAGGAUUGGGGCCUACCCCAUUAGCAGUCAAAUGCAUGCAUGCUCAAAUUUCCAGUGCUAAAUUUAGGCACACUUACCACCAAAGACUGUCCUUCUUAUAGCUCCAAAGUGUUCAGAGACUCUCUAUAUUGAAAAGCCCUAGAAAAACUGCAAAACUAUUUUGUCAACCUCUGCAAGAAACCACAAAGCUUCCAAGAAUGAGGAAUAAGCAUUCACAGGGUGCAUCUGUUUAUAAGCCUGGACCAUAAUAACCACACACCACCAAGAAGGGGAGGGUGUUUUUUUAACCACUGGAAGUCUACAGAUUUUACUAUGAUCAUUUAACUAUUUUUUUUUUAAUAAGGUGAUUGAAAAUGCCUUACAAAUUAGCGCACAGUACACGUUAAGCUGAUGAAAUAUCCCAAUGGGAGAGCUUUCAUGAGCUCUGUGAAUCAUUGUGAUCCUUUGCAUAAUGCUGCCCGGGUCCCAAAGGUAUUUUUGAGGCUGUUUCUUCAAGGGGUGCAAGGCAGAACGGGAGAUGACUUGUGAAUUUCAGUUUGUGUUUUUUCUUUGGAUAAAAAAAAUAAAAUAAAAAAAAAAAUGAAAUCAUGGAGGUGUUUUUGGCAUACACUUUAUAUAUAUUCUCUGUAUAUAUAUCUGUUGUGCAAGGUGCCUAAAUACAAUAUCUUGGCUUUGGCAUAGGCCCUUUGGAGCUGUUCAGAACUGGUAGGCUUAGACCAAUGAUUCUCAACCAGGGUGCUGAGGUACCCUGGGGUGUCACAAGAUCCUUUGAAGGGUGCCACGAGGUAUGAGGAGAUAAGUAACUGAGAGAGGAGAUGAGCAGAUAAGCCACGCUCAGGCUCGUCCCAGCUGGAUGAUCCCUCACUCCUUAACCAGGCCCUGUGUAAGAAGGUAACAUAUAAAUUAGUUUUUGAAACUGGGUGUCACUCAGUUCACAAGGGGGGCUCAAGUCUGAUGAGGGGCACCUCGAGUCAAGUGAAGGGUGCUUCACGUCCAAAAGGUUGAGAAGCACUGGCUCAGACUCCACCAAUUGUCCCGGUGUUGGCAGUCCUAGGUCCUCAGACACUGUGAUGGAAACUAGUGCAACAGCAGAGAUAGAGGAGCAAAAUUCAAGCACCCACAGCCUGUACUCGGCCAAAGCAGGGCAGAAUUUCUCUGCUAGAUAACAGCCCAGCUCCAGAGCUGCUGCAAUGCCUGCACCUCCACUGAGACCAAUUUACAUCAGGUAAGGAUCUGUCCCAGCGGGGGUAAUUCCUCCUUGCUCUCACGGGUGGGAUGUCAGUAGAGUUGUCUUGGGGUCAAAAUGGUGUAAGUUCACCUCUGAAAUCAAGCCCAAGCUCUUCAAGAAAAUAAAGCUACAGCUGCAGUUGAAUUUCCCCUUGUGUUCUCAGAAGUUGUCCCUUAGCCUGGCUUUACCCCCUGCUCGGAGGCAUUUGGGGAUGGAGAGUUGAUGAAGCUGAAGCUUAAGGGGUCAGUGGUGGUUAACACAACCCCUCAAUGAUAACCCUGAGAGCUUAACUUGCAGCAUAGUAAAAUAAACAUUGGACCCAGUUUUCUCAGCUCUCUCGAGUGAGACAGGACCUGACAUGUUCUCCAUAAACACUGAUCCGGGAGUUUCACUUCCAGAAAAUUAACUGUGUGUGAACACCCUGGCUAAAGCCUUCUGUUAACAAAAGAAGGAAAUGAAAAGGCUGAAGUGUCCCUGGAGUAUAUUCACACCACUCCAGACACUGGUUAUUUGGGCUGAGAAUCACACUUGAAACCUUUUGCAGCAGAGGAAAGAGAUGGAUCUUAGAGUCGCAGGGAAAUUUGGAUCUAGCUCUUGGCAGCCUGGACUAGGAAUUCAGUUCACAUUGCUGGGCUGGCUCAGCACAGGGCCGGGAUGCCCAGGCUUUGGGGCAAACGGUGCCUUAGAAAAGAAGAAGGGGGAAGGUUUUUGUUCUUUAGAGUUGAAAUCUACCCAUUUGCAGAGGGUUAAUACCAGGCCAAUGCAGUGCUUAAAUGCAAUUUUGAAGGCUCUAAUGGGAUUUAAUAAAACCCUACAUGCCAUUAGAGGGGUAUCACCCUUAGCUCCGGGACCUGUCCCAAGUUCCCUAAUCUAGCGUAUUAAUGGUAACGGAAAAGAAAAACUGUUUGCAUACCCUGCCUGUAAUUUCAAGGAGAUGCAUCAAUCCUUGCUUCACUUCUUAAAGAAAAUCAUAUAUUGUGCCAGGCACCUGCUGCAGCUCACUCUGGAUGUAGGGGGCAUUUUGGAAGCAUGUUUCAUUAAGCACUUGAGGAUCUUCUGUGAUGGUAGGUACAUAGGUGCUGAUGACUCUUCUGCAGACCCAGGUCUAGGUUUAAUGGCUUUCAGUUUCUAUAGGGAUUUUCCUUAGAUAGAGAUCUCCCUUCUUGGCGUGCAUAGCUGUUGGCUGACAUUGGCCGCAUCAUUAAGGAGCUUUUUCUCCAUCUUUAGCUACUUCUGCUUUGUGUGAAAUGACUUGCGGUCUGGUGCAUGAUCACUACUGUUGUUUUAUUUACAAAUAAAAGACAU